CUGCACUUUGCGAGCUCUUCAAACACUACAUAUACAGUAAGCUUUAAUUCAGUCUUCAAGUACAGGAUAAAGGUUUGCUGACGGCCCGCAUAGCCCCGCGGCCAAGUCCCAAAGCUUCGCGCUUUCAUGAGCUCUCCCGACGUGGUUCUUCCUGGUGACAUCUCCAACCUUGGCGUUGGAUUCGACCCGCUUGCUGACUCCGCCGUCGCCGACGAGGGCAACGCUGGGGAGGAUGCUGUGCACAUCCGUGUUCAGCAACGCAACGGCCGCAAGUCGCUAACUACUGUCCAAGGUCUAAAGGAGAAGUACGACUACAACAAGGUACUUAAGGCCCUGAAGAAGGAAUUCUGCUGCAACGGGACUGUCGUGGAAGACCCCGAGCUUGGCAAGGUCAUUCAACUUCAGGGCGACCAGCGCAAAAAUGUCAGCGAUUUCCUUCUGGGCCAGAAGCUAGUGAAGAAGGACCAGAUUAAGAUUCACGGCUUCUAAUUGCUUAGGCUCAGUUGGCUAGCCGCCAGUCCCAACCCAAGCAUCGAUUCGGUAUUUUGGAGCAGUCCAUUAAAAGUGGUGGGAACGGUGCGGAACUGGGCCCUUGUGCCCUUUUGUUGCGCAUGCCAAUUUUCUUUAUGCAGCGGUUGUGCAAUCCUUCCGUCUUGUCGCGGUCGGGUUGCAGAUCUUGCGAGCGUGCGGGCCGGUUGAAGGCGGUAUCCUCGUGUACUUUGACUUUUGCAUAAUGGUUCUUAAUGACGAGGUAAUUGUGUGUUUGCUUUCCUGCAGUGAGAAGUACAGACUUGCGUGUCAAAAAGCUGACGCGGGCGUCCCAGUGCGAACUCCUGCCUUUUCAGACCGACCUUUUAAAGCCCUAGGACAUGCAUGUAAAACUGCAUUAUUG